UGUACUAGGUGUACUUUGUGUACCGGGUGUACUUUGUGUACUUUGUGUACUGGGCGGUUGCGGUGUCGGGACUCGGAUGCGAUGCAAACCUCCAGAAGACUUUGUCUCGUCCGCCUCCAGCAGCUCGUCCUCAGCGGCCGGUGACACAGGAGAACCGCUACCGGAGCCCGGAGCUCUCCCCCCCCCUCUCCCCGCCUGCAGCGGGCUGUCCUCGGCUCAGAGCAGCGAGAGGACGCCGGGGCGCUAACUCAACCGUUAGCCGACAGGACCGCGUCUUUUCUCUCCGUCCGUCUCCGUGGGUUCGAUUCCGCUCGAGUCGUCGUCGCUGAAAAUGUUGACAGGAUCCAAAACCACGUUCAAAGUGAGACAGAUGCUUCCAGACAUCAAGGAGAGGAUGCUGAGUCAGAGCGGGCUGAACGCAAGGAGCCGAGAUGUGUUGGGACUUCGCUGCCUUCCAGGCGAGUGUGUUCUUCAGAGAGCUGUUAUGGUGAGGAAGAAGCUGACUGCCAGGGAAGGAAGAGGCUGGCUGUCUGGGACCCUCUUCUGUACUCACUUCAGAGUCGCCUUCGUGCCCCAGGACGCUCCCAAACCCGAUGACAAUGCAGACCCGGUGCUCCUGGGAGAUCACGAUGUGGCUCUGGCGUCCAUAGAGAAGGUUGUGGUUGUGGGACCAAACAGGACAAAGCUGGUGUCCCCGAACUCCUCGCUGAAAUUCACUCCGGAGGAGCUGGUGCUUUACUGCAGGGACAUGCGAGUCGUCUGCUUCCUGUUUGACCGCCUCACUCCUGACGCACAGGUCUUAGAGAUAACCUACACCAUCGCCAAGACCUACCAGCCUCUGAAACCGGGGUCGGUCUUAUCUUUCCAGAACGCUGCUCUGGGGAGUGUAGAAAUGAAGCAGUUUCUAAGCAACCGUCGUCGAGACACCCACAUGAACUGGUGUGAGUCGGCCUCGGACUUGGAGCAGGAGCUGGAGCGCUGUGGGGCCAGUGGCUGGAGAGUCAGCUCAGUGAACGACCGCUUCGAGAUGUCCACCAGUCUGCCGAGGUUCCUCGUGGUUCCACAGAAGGUGUUAGACACCGAGCUCAAGAAAAGCUUCGCCCACUUCAACGAAGGACGCAUCCCCCGCUGGUGCUGGCGACACCCUCGAGGCAGUGAUCUGCUGCGAAUGGCCAGUUUCCAGAACAACAUUUAUCACGAGAAAGACGACAUCAGAAACCUGGAGAUGAUCCUGUUCGGCUGCCAGUCGUCUCUGUGUGUGGUGGUGGAGCUGGGCGAGGAGCUGCCGUCGCCCGCCGACAUCCAGCUCGCUCACAGCCGCCUGCGCGCCCUCUGCCUGGGAGAUAUCUCCACAUCUGUGUCGGUGCCUGAUGACAAGUGGUUAUCUACCCUGGAAAGCACCCACUGGCUCGACUACACAAGGUCCUGUUUGAGGAAAGCUUCAGAAGUUGCCUGCUUGCUUCGUGGCGGUCACCUGACCGUGGCACUGCAAGAAGCGGACGACCGGGACAUGAGCUGCGUGGUGUCCAGCCUGGUGCAGGUGAUGUGUGACCCCCACUGUCGGACCCAGUGUGGUUUCCAGAGCCUGGUGCAGAAAGAGUGGGUGAUGUCCGGCCACCGCUUCUACAGCCGCAUCAACUACCACCGCGACAACGACAAAGAGGAGGCUCCGGUCUUCCUGCUCUUCCUUGACUGUGUGUGGCAGCUGUGGUCCCAGUAUCCGUCUCGCUUCCAGCUGACAGAGGACUUCCUGUUGGCCCUGCACGACAGCAUCCACCUGCCUCUCUUCUCCAGCUUCCUGGGCAACUGCCAGCGAGAGAGAUGCAAACGCUCCCAGAACAACGGGCAGUCCUACACGCCUGUGAAUGGUUGGAGGGACGCCCUUCAUCAGGACUCGUCCUCAGAUCCGUCAGACCCUCCUCUGCCUCCCGUGUGGGACUGGGCGCUGCAGUACAGCAAACCCAGACGAGACCGCUUCACUCAACCCGUCCCCCCGACCCCACCGCUCCAGCCCCUGCUCAACGGAAACCUCAACACAAACCCAGACACGCACAAGCUGACAGACACCACCCCCGGCUCGGUCGUCCUCCUCUCUCGAGGAACCUUCUCCUGUCCCGCUAACCUGCUUCCCUGGCGCAGCAGCAGCUCAGGCAUUUACAAGAAGAGCCACCGGAGGGCGCCAUCCUCCGAGAGCGUGCCCGGCCUGGAGCGGCUGCUGAAAUCCUGGUCCCUGACUGAGCUUCCCCAGGGCCCCUCUUCCACCUCUGGAUCUCAAGGACCACUUGACCCCUACGAGCCUCUGCUGCCCCUCCUUAUGGGGCCCUGCAUGGGUCUGUGGAGGGAGUGCUACCUCCGGGGGGCGCUCCAUGCACAGGCGUUCUCCCACCCCAUCUCCGCCAACCACCCCCACCCCGUGGAGCGACUCGCCAGGGAGGUGCAGCUGCUCAAAGACAAACUGGCACAGGUGUCCACCACCGCAGAGGAGAACUCGCCCGUCAAGACAGCCGAGCGCCGGCGCACCGACACCAACCUGAACCAAAACACCAACAACGGCACCUUCCUCUUCCCGGCUUCAAGGCCCCACGGCACGGGGGUGACCCGGGCGACGCCCCCUCCUACCUCCGCCAACCACCAGACCUCUAGGGGCGCUCCUCCGCCAGCCGCAGCCCCACCAUCCAGACCAAGCCACAAGGACAAUAGUGGCGGCGGCGGCAGCAAGCACACCUUCCUGUUUGGGCACUCUUCAGCAGCAGAGGCCCGUCCUGACCAGCGGUACCACCCAGCGCCCAGUAACGCCAAGCUGCCAAAGAGCAACGGAUCGAUAGCUUCCUGAUGACUCGUCGUCACUGUUUCCGUUCCACGUCCUGUCUGCACCAAACUAAGUGACGGUGUGGCGUCAUGAGCUGAGCAGAAGGAUGAAACGAUGAGAACGAGCCCUUUACUCUAUUUAUCGUCUGUACUGUAUUUAAGAAAUGUGACAACUGUUUUAUAUUUUAUAGAAACAAAACACGGUAUUACGUUCUUCGUCUAAUUAAAUAUAUCGAACGGCAGAGAAGCAAAAAAAAUCAAACGAGCAUGGGCUGAAGAUGCUUGAUAAUGAAUAACAUGUUUCAAAGCACAGAAUCUGAAACUGCUUCAACUCUAGAAACGCUUCGAGACAGAAAGACAGUUUCCAUUUUAAGCGUCUUAUCAUACAAGUGUUCCAGUGACCUGAGAUAGAGGGUGGUGGUCGAGGACUCAACGCGGUGAAUGGACAAACCACGGCUGUUCACUGGUUUAACCUUCCGCCUGUGUGACCACCAGACUUCGUCUCUGGGUUUUUUUUUAUUUCGUUUCUCGUCUCAGCUCACGGAAAAGCAGAAUCUCGUUUCUGAAAACAAUCAUUUCUGAUUUUUUCAGCUGCAGCAGCUGCGACCAGCGACUUCACCGUGGAAUUUAGGGCACGAGAGCUAUUUUGGUUCUGCUCUCAUAUCUCUCCUCCUGCGCGGAGCGAGAGAGGCCUAUAUUCAGCUCAGUGUUAUGUUAACCUCUGUGUGUCUGGAUGAGGCCGCGCUCACAGAACAUUACUGCCGUGUCAUGACUGGGGUCACGUCAGGGCUUUGCUUUUAUAAUCCUGUGUAAAACGACCGAAGUGUUUUCUGACCAGAGUGAUCGAUAUCUGAUGUCUUGUGUGAUUUCCGACCAGGUUUAGUAUUAAUUUGAGACAUUUUCGUUGGAAUUGAAAAUGAAAAACAUUAUUGUUGCUGUUCUGAUGAAAGUGAAGAAAGGAAGCAAAGAGAAGCUUAAAUCUCCACCUCUGUUUUUCCUCUCCUCUCCUCUCGGGGGGUGUAUCGGUGAGCAGCCGGCAUUCAGGUCAAGGACUCGGAAGUGUCUGACCGUCUUUAAUUCGCCGUCUGCUCCUGCGCCUUUAAAUCCAAACAGGUUGUCGUUCGCAUGAUGUGGACGUCAGGUCGAUGCACUGGCGUCAUUCCCACGGACGAAUGGUUUCAUUUUGUUAUGUAUUU